CUAAACGAUCGCGCCUACCGAUCCCAGUUCUUUGAUCGAUGACCGAUCUCCAUAAAGUCCAUCCUUCCUUCUCCCUCUGCUUGACAAUUGUAUAUAGUAUCUAUCUCAUUUUAUCCUGUUACAACUUUCUAAUGUCUUGCAAGUGAUUCUGAAUUCUGACUCAUUCUGGGGCCUCUUAUUAUUUUCCUUCCUUUGCUGUCGACGUAAGCCUGAUUUUGUAAUUUUCACUUUUUCAUGUAAUUUUACCAUUGCCAACUAGAUGUAGCUUUUUGAUCCACUCUCCUCUCUAAAAUUUUUAUUACGCCAUAUUGGUAGCCAUACAAUUUAACAAGGGAUAUGUCAAGUGUGGCUUCUAUAAAAUAUAUUUAGUGAAAUUAGAGUUUAUUAAAGCAUUUCUAAACCUAACAAACCAUUUGUAAUAGCGAGUGACUGUAAUAAUUAUAUCAAAAAUUGCAGAUUAAACUGCUUCUAUCAAUGAGGCACUGACAUUGAAAGGGAUUAUAAAAUGAGCAGCAGCGAAGAGAGUGAUGCCGGACCUAAACGUAAAAGGAAAUUGAGAAGUAUCGAAGAUAGUCCUGCUAGUACUUCCAGUGGAAGUCCUGUUAUUAAAUCAUGUUCAGCAUUAAAAAAAACAAGAAUCCAUAAUGUUACUAUUGCUGCUACAUCUGAUAGCGAUUUUAGUAGCAGCUCUAGUGGUAGUCCCAUACUCACUAAACGUAAAAUUCGCAAAGGAAAAAGAGUGAAGAUAACUGACUCAGAUUCUGACAGCUCGGAUGAUUCUUCUGAAAUAAUUGGAAGAGUUCGUUUAGGGAAGCCUAGAAGACUUGAAAGCGAUGACAGUUUUAGUAGUCAAUGGGAAUCUGAUUAUUCAGAUGCAGAAAAUGUUUGUCAUCCCGAAACUAAUGCAUCGUCUACCGCACAAAAUAACAAUUCCGAUUCGGAAUUUAGUGAUGGUCAAUCAGAAAAAUGUCCUAUCUGUCUCAUAUCGUUUAAAAUUCAAGAAAUUGGAACACCGGAAUCUUGUGAUCACACUUUUUGCUUGGAAUGUAUUCAAGAAUGGUCUAAAAACAUGAAUACUUGUCCAAUUGAUAGACAAGAGUACAAUUUAAUUCUUGUAAGGGACAGUUUGAAUGGAAAAGUGACUAGACAAAUAACUAUCGAACGACCAGUUCCUCAAAAUGAAGUUGAUAUAUUUGAAGAUCUUACAGUUUGCGAAAUCUGCGGCUCGACCGAUCACGAAGACAGAAUGCUUCUUUGCGAUGGAUGCGAUUUAGGAUUCCAUUUGUUCUGUUUGACUCCACCUUUAGAUGAGGUUCCAACUGGUUCUUGGUAUUGUAAUGAAUGCGGUGACUCAAAUGAAACUUACAGUUUAGAUAAUGAAGUUUUUGAAUUUAGUCUAUUAGAAGAUUAUAACAGACAUCCUCCUGCGUCUCUUCAAAGGAAUAGCCUAAGAUUAAUACCACGUACAAGACAAAAUGAAAGAGUCCGUCGUCGAAUUGAGAAUAACCGUAAUCACAAUUCAGUGGUCGGUAAUACAUCGGCUUCAACCUUGUCAACGGAUAUUACCAGGAGUAGGCAUAUGGUUACAAGUAGCACAUCUAGGACGCCAAAAAAACGAACUAAACGAAGGAAAACCAAGAAGUCAAGACAGAAAAUUAGAUAUAGAACAGUUUAUGAAGUCGAUAAAGUAACUGGAGAAACGGUAGCAAGGAAAAAACGUAUGAAAAAGAAAAGUAGAAGAUCGCGGAAUUGUGUCAGACAAAUACCGAAACCCAAAACCGUUAAAAAGAGAUUAGCUCAACAAUUGGGUAUAUGCGCACCAAGAACGUCGACACAAAAUCAUCUUCCCGACGUUAAAAUUCCAAACGUUCCAAGUAAUUCAUCAAAUAAUAUCAGCGGAAUGCGACAUAGCGCUGGGAUUCCCGCUUUACAUCUUUUUGGCCACACUAACGAGCUCGAUUACUUCUCCGAAGAUAAUGAAGAUUAUUCUCUGGGUUCUCAAGUUUUAAUUCGUAGAGCGCCUAAUCAAAGCGAUAUAUCCACAAUGCGCAGAACACUCAUGCGCAAAAAUCUAAUAGUACCACCCGAAGUUGUUUCCAGUAGUUCAGAUUUGUUAGGUUCUAUUUUAAAUACGCAGGAACAAUUUUUUGCUCGAAACGCUUCGUACUCUUUAGAUUCCAGCGGCAAAUUCAAGGUCGAGACGAAAAAAUCAAAGUCUAAUUACAUCGAUGUAACUAAAGAGCAAGUAACGGCGAAAGAAACGCCUUAUUAUCCGAAUAAUAACAAUAACAACAAUAGAAACUACAACAACCGUUAUAAUCAAAAUUAUAGAUAUAAUCAAUAUAAUAAUCGUUAUCAGAAUCAGAGACAGUCAAACAAUUAUUAUAGUUCUUCUAAUCAGAAUAAUUAUUAUAAUUCCGAGCCGUCAUCUUCGAUGAAUUAUGGUAAUUUUUCUGGUGGCGGCGAUGAAAAUGACAUACCGCAGGAUUAUUCUCAAAGAACGCUAUGCGCUACUGCGGAAUCAAAUUUACAAGGCAAUGACGAACUAGAAGAAACGGGCGGCGAUGAAGGAAAUAACGCCAAUAGCGAAUCAGAAUUAGACAUCUACAGCGACAUAGAAACUGUAACUACAAGCAGAGCAGAAGAAAACGAUCCCAAACCACCUUCUCCUCCAAUAAUCUCGCAUACCCCUAAUACAGGUACUGAUGAAGAUAAUAACGAUAGCGAUGGAGACAUGGUCAUUGAUGACGAAAAAGUCCAAGAACAAGAACCUCAAAAUAUUUGUCAUAGAGAAGAAGCUGCCGUUACUUCAACAGUCGGUAUAACUGGCCAAUUUGAACCGUCUUCGGGUGAACCAACAAAUAGUUCGAUGGAAAUACAAUCGGAAGCGGUGCAAUCCUCAUCAUUGGACGAACAUAAAUAUCAGUAUUAUAAUGACGAUUCUUCUUAUGGAUGCCCCAACGCGAGUGUUUAUUCGCAAGAAGUAAAACCUUCGAACGAUGAAGAAAACGAUUCUGACGACGGCUGCCCGAACUUUAGCAUCUAUUCCAAGGAAAGUAAAACGUUAGCUCUUCACACGGAUAUAACUACAGAUCGAUUAGGCUACCGGGAUUAUCAAGUAGGAGAAAUAAGUUCGUCGCCAAACAUUGAAGAACAAGGCCAAUCUAUUGAACCUGUAGAUAAUAAUCCUCAAGAUUCCUACGAUCCUGAACAGAUAUAUAAUUCGGAACCGGCGAUCGAAGAGAUUCAAAAUAAAAGCAAUCCCGAACAGGCUGACCCGGACCAAAGUUAUGAUCCAGAAAAAAUAUAUGAUCAAAAUGACAGUCCCGAAGGAGAUAAUAUUGCAGAUCAAACGUACGAUCCUGAAACGUGUCUUCAUCAAGAUGAAAGUACAGAAAUAGAUAAAGAAGAUGCGGAUCAAAGUUACGAUCCGGAAAAAAUUUACGACGAAGAAGAAUCUAUUGACAAAACUUGCGAUUAUGAAAAAGAAGUUUUCAAAUAUAAUUCCUCUGUGGAUAAAUCGAAUAGCGUAGAUCCGGAUGUAAGUACCGUCAUCGGUGAUCGAUACGAUCCAGCUGUUCCUUUCAGCGAUGAUUUAGAUGAAUCGCAAGUAUUAGAUAAAAAAGAAGCAGUACCAAGCAAUCAAGAAAGCGAUACAGAAAAAGGAGACGAUCAAAGUGAAAAACUUUCAAAAGAAACUAAACCAAUAAUAAAAGGAGGCAUUUUAGGAGGACUAUACAGCGAUUCGGAGGACGAUGAAAGCGUCGUAAAAAACGACAGCGCUUUCGCUAUAGCGGAUAUUAACCAUAUGACAGAAGAUAUAAGCGAAGAAGAACGAAGUUAUACACCGUGUUUGGACGAAAAGUUCCAAAAGCAAGGAUUAGAAGGUUUAGAUACGGAAAUGAUUUCAGAUGAAGAACGAAACGAUUUUGAUGAAUCGCACGAAUUGAAAACCGUUUCCGAUGGAGGCGAUGCUUUGGAAAUAAACGCUAAAGAAUCAGAAUUAGAUUUUACACGACCGGAAGAUUACGAAGAAGGCGAAAUUGUCGACAAGAAUAAAGAUAAAGAUGUUCAAGACGACGAAGAAGAAGAAGAACCCGAAACAGAACAAGUCUGUGAUAAACCCGUUGAAGAAAAGAAGAGCAAAAAGAAAGAUAAAGAUAAGGAAAAAGAAAGAACGUCAACAGAGGAUAAAACUGGAAAUAAAGAAAACGAAGCUAGUAAUAAUGAAGCAUCGUUUAAGAAAUUGAGUAAAAGCAAUAAAGACCGUAAUUACAGAGAUAAAGAAAAACGACAUUCCAGACCGAAAAGUCGAUCUAAAGAUCGCGAUUAUAAUAAAAAAGAUAGGAAAAAAGAAAAACGUAAAGAACUCGAAAGAUAUAACGUCAGAGCUAUCAUAGCAGAAAAACCACGUCCGCUAAUAGCCAAAGAUCAAUUCGGUAGAGACAUAAGAACCACUCCGAGUCAAUCCAGAAGUCGCUCUUACACACCACCGAUUCGAAGAUCUACAUCUAGACCAAUUAGAUCGCCGUCUAAAACGCGUAGAUCGCUUUCGAGAACUCGCCGAUCGUUAUCUAGACGACGCAAAUCGCCGUCGAUCGAUAAAAGUCGUAAAAGACGAAAAUCCAAAAACUUCAGAUCGCCCAGCAGAUCACGAUCUCGUUCUCCGAUUAAAAAGAAUUCCCCGCAAAAAUCCAAAAAGAGGAAACGUUCCACGAGCAGAUACCGAAAAAGAAAAUCCGGAGGAGAUAGUGGUUCGAAAAAUAAAAAACGGUUAAGCAGACGUAGAUCUAGAUCGGCAACGCCGGUAACGAGAGCGAAUUGGGAGCGAAGAGAAUGGUCGCCGAUGUCGCAAAACUCGCCCGCGCGGGCCUCUCCAUCAUGGACACCUCCUAGAAGAAUAGAUAACUCGCAGUUACUAAGAAACGAAAACCUAACAGUAACCGUCAAUAAUUCAAAAAAAAAGAGAGAUAAGAGAAGAAAAGGAGACAAACGAAACAAAGAAAGUUUGGAUAGUAGACAAAAGAAAAGAAGACGCGAAAGAGAAAGAACGCCACCACCUUCUAAAGAAGUAUUCGCUUCCGGCGAUAACAUUUUGGUUAGCGUUAGUUUCAAUAACGAUAACGAAACCAGAGACGUAUCUACAAGGGAUAAAAGAAAGAGCGACGAAACUAAGAAACGUAAAGAAAAGAAAAAGAAGAAUAGAAGAGAUAUAUCGGGAAUAAAACCCGUAGCUAUUAUAGAUCUAGACAGAUCACCGUUUAGAGAACUUACACCUUCUCCUAAACAAAUAAUCGUACUCACGGACAGUGAUAAUGAAGAGAACGACAACCUUACAAACGUUCAGAACAACAUUUGCGAUUCAUCUCAACAAGUGGCGAGUCCCGAAAGAGGUAUAGGACCUAAAACUCCGCCAGAACCGCAAGUUAAAUUUUCUCUUACGGUUAAACCGCCUCAAGUUCGUGCAAUAAAUAAUCCCCUUCACGAUCCGGAAGAUAUGGAAACUAACGACGAUCAUGUCGAAGAUGAAAUAAGUUCAAGAAUGGGUCCGGGAAUUCAUAUAGGUCCGAAUACACCGCCGGAUCCACCAAAUUCUCCUCCAAGCUCUCCAGAUGCUUACGAUCCUUUCGAACCUACAAAAUCGAGGUCACCUACGCCCGAAAGACAAACGCAGUCUAAAGACAAUCUUGAUAAUAUCGAUGGUAAAACGGCUUUGGAAAUAUUGGAUAAAUCGAAUAAUCCGAUGCCGGAAGUGGUUAAAUCAUUGACGCCUCCAUUAGCUGAAAUACAACCAGCCGAUUCGCAAAGUAGCAUACAAGUUACUCCCGAUUCGAACCUUGAAAAGUCACCGGAUAGAACGGAAGGAAUUCAAAUGAAACCAGUCGCACAGACUAUACCGUUUUCUUCUGUUCCGUCGUCAAUUAUUACAUCGACGCCUAUUCCUUCGAACAUACCAGCUUCUAGAAUAAAUAUUUUAAAUUCCACCAUUAUCACUCCACCGGUUGCUUCUUCAAUUCCUCAACGCAUUGUGUUGCCAAAUCAGAUAAAAUCGAGUCCCGUUAAAAUAUCUCCCACUAAAUUCACCAUAAAGUCAAAUCCGAUUAAACCAAUCCCAAACAAGAAUAACAAAGCAUUGAGAAAGAGGAACCAAAACGAAGAUAAUAUCAUCUUAGAUUUCGAUUCUCCUUAUUCGCCGGGAUCCAGUGACUACGAAGACCUAUUUGAACCGCCAAGCGAUAUUGUUACGAAACCAGUAAUCAAAGGAAAGCCCAAACAAUCUCAAAAACAUAAUUUGACAGCGUUCGAUGCUUUGUUCGGUUGUUCCCCUAAUUCGAAUAUGAAGCAAAAGAAAAAUAAACUAAUGAAGAAAAACACUACGUCUUCGAAAACGAAAACUGUCGGCGUUAAACUUGAUGAGGAUAACUUGAAGAUCUUGGACGAUCUACCUAAUUCGGCAGUUGAAAUGCAGGUAAAGGAUAAGUUUUUGAAGAAAUUAAAUCGACAAGAAAGGGUCGUCGAAGAAGUAAAACUGGUUUUGAAACCGUAUUACAAUAAAAAGAGAAUCAAUAAGGAGGAGUACAAAGAUAUAAUGAGAAGAAGUGUUCCUAAGAUAUGUCAUAACAAAUCUGGAGAGAUUAAUCCCACCAAAAUUAAGAAUCUGAUAGAAGCGUAUGUUAGAAAACUAAAACAUAGCAAGAAAGUAACCUCAUCUAGUUCUGUAAAUCCUCAAAAAUAAGCUCUUUAAUUUUUUUAUUAUUUGAUGUACAUAUUAAAUUAUGCAAUGAAGAAUUUUAUUAGUUGUUAGAAAAUAAUUUAUAUAAUUAAUUUAAUUUUUGUGAUUAUCUACAAUUGUAUCUUUAAGUCUUAAUUGUAAGGUUUUUAGGAAUAUAACUCAAUAGCCGUAA